CUCUAGAAAAUAACAUGAGUAAGAAUAUCUAUGCUGACUGAUAUGUUAAAACCAACCACCUACAUACCGUCUUCUCUUCGGCCCACAACAACCGCAACAAAUACCAAGCGCGACAAAGAUAUCACCAUGCAUCCCCUAUUCUUCUACCUGCUUUUUUUCUCUCUCAUUCUCUCACUCAGCUCUUACACUCCCACCGCUAACCUACCUACCUAACCUACCUACCUAACCCCGUCACCGCCAACAAAGAAACGACGCGUCUGUGUCCCGUAAUACGCGGCACCGGAUACCCGCGCCGUUGCACAGCUAUAUCCGCCUGCGCCUGUGCUCUUGCGACAAGGCGAGUGCGGUGGCGAAAUGGGCGCGCUGCAUUAGACCCCCCUCCUACUCAUGGAUUUGGAAGAGGAACUAGGAGGGCGAUAGGUAGAAAGACUGGCGAAAUAUCGUUGAGAUAGAUGUGAGCACGAAAGGGCAGUUAGCCGGGAGAAAUUUACCUGGCCCUCCGCGGACAUCGGCACCCCCUGCCGACGGGGUCGAGGGGGUUAUUAUGUACGCGGGCAGAUUGGGUGGGCGAGCUACGACGCUGCAAGCUAACCUCCUUCAGGCCCCCCUCCCUCCCGCCGGAGAUGCGAGGCAGAGAGGCGAAUUGGGGAGAUGGGUUUUUAAUCCCGAUGUGGGGUCAAGGGGUAGGUAUAAGGGGGGGUGGUUGCGCUGUUGGAGGGGUUGUUUGAGGGGCAUACAGCUUUGAAUCAUCGCCACUUACCUACUUACCGAUUAAUUGUUUCGAGAUGAUACGAGAGUCUGCUGUUGUGGAUGAGAAGUGUGGUGAUGGUGGGGAUGGGGGGAGUAAGAGUGAGAUGGUGCAGGGGGAGCCGAUUCAACGCCCACCGAUACUACGACUAGCAGUAGGAGACUCACCGAUGAAAGACGCUUCUGCGAGUUAUCCAACAGACUCAACGACAGCAGAUUCGACAACCUCCUCUCUCUCCGCGGUUUCCAUCGCAAAAUGGUCUGCCGUGACGUGCACAUCUCCUACCAUAGACAGCCCCAGCGGCACAGCAGACAUCGAGCCACCACCCGACGGCGGGUACGGCUGGGUGUGCGUCCUCUCCUGUUUCUUAAUCAACGCCUUCAGCUGGGGUGUUGUAUCUUCCUACGGCGUAUACCUAGCCUACUACCUCUCCCACCCCCUCUUCCCCACCGCCACCCCAACCACCUACGCCCUCCUCGGCGGUCUCAACUUCGGCACCGCCACCCUCUCCGCCCCCCUCCUGACCAUCCUAACCCGUCGCUACGGUCCAGGGCGGUUAAUCCUCCUCGGCGCCUUCUUGCAAACACUCUCUCUAAUCCUCGCAUCCUUCGCUACGGAGACGUGGCAUCUCCACCUCACACAGGGGGUGUUGCUGGGGUUGGCGGUGGGAUGCGCGUAUAUCCCGUCUGUAGCGAUACUGCCACAGUGGUUUGAGGCAAGGAGGUCGAUAGCGGCGGGGAUUGCGGCGGCGGGGUCGGGGUUGGGGGGGGUGGUGUUUUCGUUUGCGACGCAGCCGUUGAUUGAUCGGUUUAGUCUGGCGUGGUCGUUACGCGCUAUAGCUGUUAUAUCGGGGAGUAUGUUGCUCGUCGCUGCGUUACUGCUACGCACGCGCAACGCCGCGAUUCAACCCAAACAACACGGAUUCGCGAUCCGGCUGCUAGCGCGUUACGAGGUUGUGUUGUUGCUGGGGUGGUCCUUCGCCAGUCUCGUCGGAUAUAUCGUCCUCCUCUUCAGCUUGUCGGAUUUUGCGCAAGCGAUAGGCAUGAGCCCCCACCGCGCCGCAGACAUAACAGGCCUCGUCAACGUCGGCACCGCGCUCGGCCGCCCCUUUGUAGGCGCAUUAAGCGAUAGAUGGGGACGCGUCGAGGUCGCGGGGGUGGUGACGGCGGUGUGUGGGGUGAGUGUGUUUGCGGUUUGGGUGCCGGCGGAGAUGGGGGGGGAGGGCGUGGUGAUGCUUUUUGCGGUGUUGGCGGGGGCAACGCUGGGGACAUUUUGGGUUGCGAUUGGGCCGUUGUGUGUUGAGGUUGUGGGGUUGGUGGAGUUGCCGGCGCUGUUGUCGUUGGCGUGGGUGGUUAUUGUUGUGCCUUGUACUGUCUCAGAGGUAAUAGCCCUCAAACUCCGGACCCGCGGCACGGCACACCCCUACAUCGGCCCGCAAGUCCUCGCCGGCACGGCAUACCUCGUGGCAGCGGGCAUCAUGCUCGAGCUAUGGCGCGUUCAUCGUCGGAAAGCGGGAAGGGCGGCGGCAGGGGUGGAUGUUGAAGAAGGGUGA